GGUCAUGAGUGCGUGUUACGACGUAACAGACUUGUACUUGUACUACACUUGAGUAUUUCCAAUUUAUGAUACUUCAUACUUUUUAAGGGGAGAUUCAUAAGUUGCCAUAAAGGAGAUUUUAAGUGCUGCAAAAUCAGCCUUGUUCUGAAAUAGGCCAUUGUAUGAAGUAUAUUUUGAUGCAAUUACUGUUGUACUUUUACUUUAAAAAAAAUUUAAAUGCAGGAAACAUAUAAAAGCAUAAGCAUAGUAUUUCUGCAGUGUUGUAUAUUUGGAUCUCCUGGCAGACCUGUCUGUCACCAAGUACACUUGUCAGAUGCUGCUUGCUGUUUACACUUCUGCAAGUUUGACAAGUUGAGAAGAGUAAAUAACGUUUCAUGUGUCCAUAUUAAUGAAGGAACAGGGGUGUCACACAAGUGUAUCAAAACAUGAUAAAAAGCUGCUUUCCAUUUAGUUGUGCUGGUUUUGGAACUCUGGUACUGCAGAUGCUGGUUCAGCAGCUCCAUGACAUCCUGUACAAUGCUGAACACAAUGUCUGCUAAAUCUUCUCUGCUUCUGGUCCUCAUUUUGUUCUCCGUCUCAAAUGAACAAAGGAGGAGCAUGGGAAAGGUUAUGCGUUAUGUACACAGAGGGUGUCUUCUGAAGUUUCGCCCUGUGUGUGGAUCUGAUGGAAUCACCUACAUCAGUGAGUGUGUGCUGAGGGAGUUUAACAGGAAAACAGGAAAGAAAGUCGUAAAGCUUCGAGAAGGACUUUGCUGAGGAAGCUGCAGCAAAACAAACUCAUAAUGUGCAUUUCAUGACUUUGUCAUUAGAAUGCUGAUUUUCAUUGUUUAACUUUUCAGUGAAUUAUUACUGAAGCAGGAAAAAAAAACACAGUUUGAGCAAAUUCUCUUGAAUUGAAUGUCAUCUGCUUAAAUCUUGUAAGUGUUGACAAAGAAGGUUAACAUGAAUAAAUUAAGAACCACCUGA